CUUAUCUUAUGACCGCCGUCAUCUAAUCGUCGCGCACGGACGAUCUGUUGGACGGACCUGACACACUUGGCUGUGAUAAUCACCGAGCCCGUCGCGCCCGUCGUGAUGGUCUACGAGAUGACGACGGCGAGGUAGAAUCGCGUUCCCGAGAUCGCGGAGCUGGAUAUCCUGGAGAACCAUGGCUUUCCCGCCUUUAGUCAGCUCCACACCUCCGCCCUUAGACAACUUUGGAGAGUCUGAUGAAGAUGAGUUCGGAGACUUCACAGCUGGCGGAAUAGAUGGCUUAUCUGUUUCAUCAGAGUCCCCGCAGAAACUUAUCACUCCGAUACAAACACCAAUAACAUCACAGAAUGUAUCUCCUAGGAUAAAUGGUAUUAAUGAAUCACCAGUAUUAGACAGUUGCUCUAAAAUAAGCAAAGCCUUGAAAUGUGGUGUUAUUGAUGACCUAUUGAUUGUCGAGAAGAGGGACGACAACGUGAGCCACAUAAGAUUGAAAGAUAGAACAGAUAAUAGUAGCGUAUUGGAAAACAAUUUGGAAAACAUUAGUAUAAAAGAACACAAUGUAUUAGAUGUACCUAGAAAUGGCGAUUCGCAUAACGUUGAGACUAGUAAUAGCAUUGAUCACGUUUGUACUCAGAAUGUUUUAGCUAAAGAAAAUUUUGUUGAUACCGAUGUAAUUAGUAGCAACAAUAGUAGUUUAGCUGAUAGUGUAAAAACAGUCAGUGAACAGGAAGGAUCGUUGAAUGGUUUGGAGACAAACGACGAAAUAGAACCCGCAAGCUUGGAUUUGGAGGAUCCCACAAGUACACCGGACAUUCUACAGCAACUGGAUGACGAUUUUUACAAUUACGAACAGUUUAAAGAUUCCAGUGAAUGGAAUGAUACUGUUUGUGAUAAGAAGACAGAUGUAACAAUGACAGUUUUGCAGACGGAUUAUGAUAAGCCUAAUUCCAUAGAUGCAGAAUGCAAUGUAACAGAUAAAAUAGGAAACGCUUACACGCCAUAUGGCGAGAAUGAUGUCUGUGUCAAUCAUAUUAAUGAUAAAUCUACUUUUAUUGAUGAUGAAAGGACAAUUUCCAAUUUUGUUACCUCGCAAGAACUUAAUGUAGACAGUACUAAUGUUUUUAGCCAGACAGACUGCGAAUACAGUAUUCAACCAAAAUAUAUAGAGAUGUACAAUGUAAUACCCAAUGGUGAGACGAGCAAGUCGAGUAAAGCCUUAAAUGAUUCUUUUGAUUUUGAUUUUACUUUUGAAGAUACCCUAAGAGAGAAAUCAAAUUUAGAUUGUACAUCUAUGUAUACCGAAGACAUUUACAUUCAAAAAUCUAAUGUGAAAAGCAAUGAGAGUUAUCCUCAUAAUGUCUGCGAUGAAACCGAUGUAGAAAAUAUGGUACAAUCAAAAGAAAACGAAAAAUAUAUAGAUGUAGAAACAAAUAAUCAAAUUGUUCAAAAAACAGACAUGAAUGGGGCAACUGAGGAAAUUUUUGCUUAUGAGGAAAAAAGCUCGCGUAACGAAGAAAUAAAUGAACAGUACAUUCCGGAAGAUGACUAUGACGCACAUAAUCCAGAUAAUUCCGAUUUUACGGAAUUUAUGGAGCAUAAAGGUUUUGAUGGUGUACCGGAGUUAAGAAGUAAUUACAAUCCAGAAUCCAUUAAUAAUGAGUGUGAAACAGUACAAAUUCAUGAUUUGCAUGCAUUUUCAUCUGAUACGUCUUGUAUACAAAAAUUUUCAUCAUCUGAAGAAGCUUCACUGCCAUCAGUUAAUACAUCCCUCGACUGCAUAAAGGAUAAAAUUAAUCUUACAAGUACUACAAGCGAAUGUGCCACAUAUGAAAGCGAAAAAUCUGUAGUAUAUUUUAGCGAUGGCCAAUUGUAUGAUUUUCAUUUACGAAAUAUGGAACCAGUAACCAGCAGAGUACAAGAUAAUUAUUCCGACUUUGAAAGUGCAGAUAAUGAAGAUGAUGAUUUUGGUGAUUUUACUAAUUUUUCGAGUGCAACAAUAGAAUCGAAAUUAAAUGAGGAUUCUAAAGAAAUGAAGGUACCUGAGGAUAAUGACGAUUUCGGAGACUUCAGCAAUUUCGAAAUAUCAAUGGGUGUAGUAGAGACACAGCAGAUUAGUUUGAAAGAAUCUAUAUGUCGGAUAGAAAACAAGAACGCCGCGAAUAAAAUAGAAGAUAUAAUAACAAAUAUGUUUCCAAUGAUUUCUGAACAUCACGAAGUCGAAUUAAAAUCUUUAAUAGAUAAAACAGAUAAAGUUUGGCAGAAUGUGAAAAGCGUGGAGGAAACUAAUGCUCUCACCUAUCAAUGGGCAAAUAGUAGUAGUAACAACGUUCUUUUAAAUGCUCUUGGUAUUGAUUCCCGAAAUAUUCUAUUUGGGCCGAGAUGGAAUCCUAAUAUACCAAGGUUUGCUGCAAAUCUUGGUUUUACUCCAUUGGAACCGAUUAAAGCUACCGCUGAGUCUCAGCAGCCUUCUGCAUCCAACACCAGCAAAAUUCACGGUGCGGCUUGUUCAGAUGAAGUACCUGCCGCCCAAUUUGAUUGGAAUAGUUCUGGUCUUGUAAAUCCCCUAGAUGCUAGUGGUGGUGGGUUAUCCGCUCUUCUGCCUCUGGAUUUGUUGUGUCCGUUUGAUCCUCUAUUAACACCCCAUUGCUCCACACACUCCGAAUCCUAUCAUCAGUCAGCUUGCUCAACGAACUCAGUUUAUUACUAUCCAUCGGAAACACAAGAACCAAGUAGUCAGCUUGUAAAAUCGCAAAAUUUAUCCGAUUUUACUCAUAGUUCGCUAAAGCAAAAGUCGUCUCAGAUGUCCAAAAUCAUAGAACCAUUGCCAGGACCAUGUACAGUAGAAUGGAAGAAGAAAGCCGAGCAAGAUUUCGGUGCAAAACAGAAAGGCAACCAAUCGCAUAAAAUUUUGAGAAAUGUUCCGCCAAGCAACAAUAAGUCGUUUCCGGUAAGCAAUAAUAUUUCCAAAGUACAUGAUUAUCAUAGAAAGACAUCGGUAGGUAGAAAAGAGAAUACGCAAGGUUCGGAACACGUGGUCAUGGAUCGAUACGGGCGACCGAUGACUGUACAAGUUGAGACCGCAAGGAUUCUGAAUCAGUUGCCGGACCUGUCGUUUUUAAACGCAAGAACUUUGUUGUUCAAUCGUGAGCAGAGGCAGAUCGUGUCGGAUCUAGGCGCGAUGAUAAAUCGGAAGAUGCCCGGCUGAGUAACAUCGGUCUGAAUGCGAGUUUGAAAGGGGCAAACGCGAGAGAGGAAACAUCCCGGAGAACCUGUUGCAAAUUGGACGUUUCUAAAUAACCCAUACAAUCAAAACGUACUUCUGCUACCUUUCAAACCUGUGUUCAGACCAACCUCUGAUCCAACCUUGGCUCUUCCGUGUCUGAAAAGGAUAAUGAGGCGCGUCCCAGAUAGCAAAAGUAGUCGUUUUGACGACAAAAUGAUGUAUUUUGACGUCAAAAUGAUGUCAUAAUAAUUACUGUGGCUAUCUGAGGUAUAUGAAACUGCUGUAUUAUUCAUCUACUCGCUUGCGGCACCGAGCAAUGCACUUUGACAUUCCGAACCAUCAUUGUUUUGUGAUUCUAUAGGGCUGAGAAUUAUUGUUAUGGAAUCCUUUUGAAAAGAGUCUUUACUUCGUUGUCAAAUUAUAAUUUAAUGUUGCACUGAUCGUUUUGAUAAGUAAGUUUGUUUUGUUAGCUCAAUGAUUGUGUAAUCCACUGAAGAUAGUAACAUUUUACACAUCCUUAAAUUAGAUAGAUUUAAGAAUUCACAUACAUAUAUUCGGCCAUGUUCUAGUCUACAGUUCUUAACAUAAGUUUUAUGUAUUAUAUGUUAGGGAAAAUUUGAUUUGAGAGGGAUAUAUAUUUUCAAUGAUAAUUGCGAGCAAUUAAGCAGUUAAAGAGAUUGUAUUAUAUCUGUUAUAUCUCUCAUAUUAAGUUUAUCUACUAACUCUUCUGAGAUUAUUCUCUUAGAUGAGCAAACCCGAAUAUUAACCAUAUACAUUUGAGAUAUCGCGCGUACUUUGUAUAAUAUUCACCUAUUACCAAUUUCAAGCAAUCGUAAAUAUUUCCAGUCAUAAUAUAGAAAAGAGAAAACUACACACAUAUUUAACUCUAUUCAAAAUAAAAACUAUAUAUUAAUCGUAAGUCAAUUAUCAAUUAGAUUGAUGAGAAGAUUGAUAUCUGUAAUGAAAUCGUCGAGUGAUAUCGCAUAUAUCAAAUUCGCUUGAUGCUUUUAUUGCACAUUUUGAAUUUCUACUAUGAAACGCGUGAUGUACUUAAUUAUGUGUAAAUGUAAAAGCAUUUGCAUAUUAAUUUUAUUAGAACGAAACGAUAAACUAAUAUUACCAUUACCGGAUUCGUUAUUUAUUAAUGAUAAUAUUGUAAUAUAUAUUUUAUGUAAAAUAUUGUGGAUAAUAUUAACACCUAGGCAAUCUUUGACAAUUGAA